UUUUCCAUUUGAUUCAUUUCAUUUCAUUGAUCUAAAUCGAGGUUAUUUCUUCUUUGUUGAUUUGCGAUUGAAAUUAGGGUUCGUGAAAUGGCAUCGAGCAUUCUGAAAAACCUCACAAGAUUUUCUUCAUCGACGGCAACGACCAAUGCCACGAGAAGUUUCAGCCUCGUAACCUCUCAAAUCAGCAACCAUACCGCCAAAUGGAUGCAGGAUACAAGCAAGAAAUCUCCAAUGGAGCUGAUCAAUGAAGUGCCACCUAUUAAGGUCGAAGGCAGGAUAGUUGCUUGUGAAGGAGAUACUGAUCCUGCCCUUGGACACCCAAUUGAAUAUAUAUGCCUUGACUUGGCCAAGCCAGCUGUCUGCAAAUAUUGUGGCCUACGUUAUGUUCAGGAUCACCACCAUUAGGAAAUGCUGUCUACAAAUCAUCUGUUGUGUAUUUAGGAAAUUGCUGCUGAACAUCAUUAAUGUGUUUUUGGUUACAAUGUUCUCUGACCAAAUCAUAUGAUGUAACAAAUGUACUUGUCUGUUACAAUUUGCUAAAUAAGAAUAUGACAAAAUUGUUCAUGUUACCAUCUGAUACAGAUGGGGUCUUACAUUGUUGUGUCUGUACUAUGCUGAGCCAGUAAUUUGUAUGAAGCUGGAGGUAUAACUUCAUUGAGCGAUCUUUUUUAAGUAUUAUUUCAUAGCCUGCAA